GCCUGGUCGAUUGAACAUGUGCGGGAUCUUCCCGACGAUCCAGGAUCAUGUCGAGUCAGAGGCAGUCAUAAAGAGCGUUAACGAGCCAUUGAGGAUGGAAGCGGGCUCGUUGUCUACUGUCAAGGUUAUAAGUUCCGAUGGGGUCACUCUUGUCUCCUCGGAAGGAGACAUCGUCUAGGCUAUGUUGAGUUUCGGCCAGAACAAGACUGCCAAUAGAAUGAUCGGAUUCCUCUUCGCGUUAGGCCCGCUGUACACGCCGGCGCUCGUCCUGAGCUGCCUGGUCAUCUUAUUCGUGACACGGAGGGCUAUUGUAGACCACAAGAUCCGCAGACUCGGCGCCGUCCGGUCUGCUGUAUUAGCAACGAAUCCGCUAUUCGGGCUCCCGUUCUUCAUCAAGGCCGGCUACUGCCAGACAAAGAACAUACUUGACUGGUAUUACGGCCACAUCUUCGACUGGGCGACCCCAGAAUGCCCCAACUGUGUCGAGAUUGCCUUCCUGGGCCGAACCCGCUUCCUGAUGACGCGAGAGCCCGAGCACGUCAAGACGAUCUUGACGACCAAGUUCCGAGAGUAUGGCAAGGGGCCGCAUUUCCACGAGGUUUGGAGUCCCUUCCUGGGCGAUUCCAUCUUCACCACGGACGGCCAGCUGUGGUCGGACAGCAGGGCCCUGAUCCGGCCUAUGUUCAUCAAGGAUAGGGUCCGCGAUCUCGAGAUCUUUGACAGGUGGGCGGGCGCCCUCAUCAGCAAGCUACCUGCCUCGGGGCAGACCGUGGACGUGAUGGAUCUUUUUUACCGCAUGACGCUCGACGUGACCACCGACUUCCUGCUGGGCGGGAGCGUCAACAGCCUGAACAACCCGAAACACGAAUUCGUAGCUGCGUUCCAAGACGUCCAACGCAUCCAGAUGCUCCUUACCAUCCUUUCUCCCUUCCGCCUCCUGAUCCCCACCUACCGCUACUACCGGGGCAUCCGCAUCCUCGAGCGUUUCAUCUCGCCCUUCAUCGAGCGGACCCUCUCCCUCUCGCCUUCGGAACUCGACAAGCUGUCCAGCAGCUCGGACAAGGACUUCACCUUCCUGCACAACAUCGCCCGCUUCACGCGCGACGCGAAGGUGAUCCGGGACCAGCUGAUGGCCGUGCUCAUCGCGGGGCGCGACACGACGGCCGCCACGCUGUCGUGGACCAUCUACGAGCUGGCGCACUACCCGGCCGUGUACGCCAAGCUGCGCAACGAGGUCCUCUCCACCGUCGGCCCGCACCGCGCCCCGUCCUACGAGGACCUCAAGAGCAUGACCUACCUCACCCAUACGCUCAACGAGACCCUGCGCCUGUACCCGGCCGUGCCGUACAACCUACGCGCGGCGCUGCAGGAUACGACCUUGCCCGGACGGCCCGGCCAGCCGGACAUUGCCGUUCUGCAGGGGGAUGUCGUCGUGUACAGCACCCUGGCGAUGCAGCGGCGGCGCGACCUGUAUCCUGAAAAGGGCCCUAACGGAGAGGAGUUCCCGGAUCCGGCCGUGUUCUGUCCUGAGAGGUGGGAUGGCUGGACGCCAAAGGCGUGGAACUACGUGCCGUUCAAUGGCGGGCCGCGGAUUUGUGUUGGGCAGAAUUUUGCUAUGACGGAGAUGGCUUUUACUCUUGUUCGGCUGCUGCAAAAGUAUCAGCGGUUGGAAUAUCGUGGCGACUGGUAUGCGCAGUUCCACAAGGCCGAGAUCGUGGGUGCGCCGGGCCAUGGCGUGCCGGUCGCCUUCUUCGAGGCCGAGGAUGGUGAGAUCGCUUGAGCGAAGGGACUCUCGAACUCCCCGGAGUGGUGUAGUUGGAUACCUGCAUAAAGUAUGAAUUUGGCCUCGAAAGGUCGAUAUUGCAAUGUAAGAGGAUAAUUAUUCAUUUAUCCGGUGGCCAAUCACGGGCCAAACCCGAUAAGCAUCAAAUUCUCAACACAACCGGACAGCGAGCAAGUCGGGUCUCACGCUCAUCUCUU